GAUUAAUUCCUGCAAUUAAUUUACCACGUGUAAACAAAUCAGAGGGUUGGUCUCCUCAGGUUUCUCUCUGCUAGUACUUUCAACAAUUUCUUGAUGUCAAUUGGUAUUCCUAUUAAGCUCCUCCACGAGGCUGAGGGUCACAUUGUGACUCUGGAGACGGUUAUGGGUGAGAUUUAUCGUGGGAAGCUCCUCGAAGCUGAAGACAAUAUGAACUGUCAGCUACAGAACGUGACAGUUACCAACAGAAGUGGACAGGUUUCUCAACUGGAGCAAGUGUUUGUACGUGGUAGUAUGAUACGGUUUCUUAUUGUCCCUGACAUGCUUAAGAACGCUCCUAUGUUUAAACCUAAGUCAGGAGCUAAGGGACUUGCAGCCGGAGCUGGGAAAUCAGCCAUGAUAAGGGCACAAGCCGGUAUACGUGGGCGUGGUUCAAGAGGGCGUGGCGGCCCGCCCAUGAUGAGAGGUGGAUUCAGAGGUGGAAUGAGAUAGAGAGAGAGAUAGUAGGAUGGAACUGAUCAUUUUUGUGUAUCAUUUAUUUGAUUAUUAUAAUCGUUCAUUUUCCGUGGUUUUUCUUCUCAA